AUGGACCCCUCAACACUCCCGUCUUACGCGCAGGGUUCCUCCCGAUCUACCAACACCCCCGCUAGCACUAGCGCAAACCUCCGGCCGCACCACUCAAACACUACCGCCAGGCGACCGGAGACCACGCACAGUUACCACCUUACGGACUCCAAGAACCGGCCCUGGCUCACCUUGAGCGUCCUAAGCAAUGUAUCAACACCUCAUCACCUCCCCUCCUUCACCGAAGGUGACACCAUCCGGGGCUCCGUGGUGCUCGACCGCGAGAAGGAGGACGGGAUCAAGUCCAUAUCGGUCAAGGUCGUCGGCCAGAUGACCUCUUCGGUCACCGAGGUCCUCAACUUUGUCACCGUCUCGGAGACCCUUUGGACGGCGCCCGACCCCCGGUCGUCCCAGCCUGGCAGCGACCGCGACCCCGUGGGCGUCCACACCUGGCCGUUCUCCAUCAGACUUCCGCCCCGGUGCGAGAUCAAGUCUGCGACCGGGGCGCUCGAGGCGUUCGCGCUGCCCGCCUCGUUCUCCGAACGCAUGGCGCGCGUGCACAUCCAGUACCAGCUCAUCGCGACCGUGCACCGAAGACGCUUCCGGGUGGACAGCACGCUGGGCACCGUCGUCGGCUACCGCCCGCGCAUCCGGCCUGGCGAGCCCUCGAUCGCCCGCCAAAUCGCCUACCUCGAGAACACGCCAAUACCGGGGCCCGACGAGGACCCCGACGGCUGGAAGUGGCUCGCGUCGCUGCCCGUCCGCGGCUCCGUCUUCUCCACCCGGACGGUCGACGCCACAUGCACGCUCGCCCUCGCGCUACCCCUCUGCUACACGCGCGGGAGCGUGAUCCCGUGCGUGCUCGCGCUCGAGGCCACGGACCCGCAGGCGCUGGACCUGCUCUCCGCGCCGCGCGCGCCCGUCGUGCGCCUCCUCCGCACCGUCGCCACCGGCGAGCGCGCGCUGGAGACGCGGCGCGGGCUCGAGUUCGAGCACGAGCGCCAGGCGCUCGCGACCGCCGUCUGGCGCCCCGCGGCGGACGCGGUGGGGGUGGGGGCAGGCGGGGGGCAGCACCCCCACCGGCGGCCGGGCCGGCGCGUGCUGCACGGGGAGAUCCACCUCGCCUCGAACCUGAAGCCGACCUCGCGCCUGGGACGCUUCGAGCUCUCGGUGAGUCUCCGCGCGCCGCCCCCGGUGCAACGCAUCCACCUCCACACCCACGCCCACGCCCACGCCCACACCCACCCACGCCCACAGUACACGGUCGCGGUCUACCCGUUCAGCGCGGCCGCGUUCCAGCCCGACGGCGACGCCGGCGCCGUCCUCCAGCAGGAGCCCGUCGUCGUCGGGACCGUGCACGCGCCCGGGCCGCGCCCGCGCGCGUACUCGCCGCCGAGCUACGACGACGUGGGCUCCGCGGUGGGGCAGUCGACCGAGUUCCGGCUCUUCCGCUGA